AAUUUUGUUUUGUCUUUUGGGAUUCAAAAAAUAGAAUAGAUGGGACACAAAAGACGCGUAAUUGCAUGCAAACAUGGUUUACAUUUCUGCUAUAUUAUUUCUAUUUAUUUUGAGACAUCUGAGUAUGAAACUUGGUUACAGGAAUGAAACUUGUAUUCGAAUCCGAGAAGGCGGAAUGGGUAGGAACUGAUAAGGUGAUUGGUUGUGGGUUUGAUCCUAGGCAGAAGAAGGUUUUCUUCACAUUAGACUCAGAGUUGGUGCAUGUCAUCCACUGCCAAUCAGAGGAAUUUGGCACUCCACUCUAUCCAACCUUAGCUGCGAAUAUAGACAUUCUGGUAUUAGUUAAUUUUGGACAAAGUGCAUUUAAAUAUGCACCUGCUAAUGCUCAGAGAACACCAAAUCCAUGCUUUAUUGCCCCACUUGUAAAUUCCCCUGCUGCUACCCUGGGAUAUGAUGACAGCAAGGAGCUAUUCUCCAUGGGAAGGAUUGAUUCUCAGUGGCGUAAUCGCUCUACAACCAAAGGAAGCCACAACAACGGGCAUAAUAAUAAUAGAGAUAUGGAUUUUGACGAGGAGUCUGAGGCUGAUCUAUUUGAAAUCGUCUUAGAUGGUUCUGGAAAAUCUCCAAACACAGCAUCGUAGUUUACAACGAAAGAGUGCACAUUAGUAUUUGUCUUGGCUCUGGCAUUUAACAUCAUUGUUGCUUGUCCAAAUGGAACAUGGCUUUGCUGCACAUAAAUACAUUGCUUUCAUUUGGAAGAAUGAUUGCUGUAUCUCAUCAUCUCAGUGGGAUGAUCUUCAGCAUCCGUGAGGUGCUUAAUGGUUUAGUGCUAUACGAAUAUACAGAACACACACAGAAAGAGAUUCAUAUACAUGGAAGACUACUUUGUCUAUAAUCACUAAUU